CAAUACACUCGUCUAGAACGCUGACAAACAUUAAAAUAAUUAGAGCUUUUUUAAAAAUGAAUGAAAAUAACCAGGCUGCCGAUUCCUCCCUGGCGGAUCAGCCGGGUCCCGGAACGGCGGCAUUUCUCCAGGCCAUUCGCAACUGCCGGGAAAGUGACGUCGAGCCGUUUCAGGGACGCUUUACCGACGAAGUGGAUUUCCGAAUCAUGGCCGCCAGGGAUCGGGUUUGCUAUGACAAGGCCAUGGAUCGCCUCAUGAACUCUAGGUUGGACCGGGAAAAACUGCCGGAGGACACGCCGCUGCCCAUUUACUUGGCUUACAAAGAACCGCGCAGUGUCAGCCCACCGAGCAAAUGGGAUAAAUUGCCUACUAAAAAGCAGAAGAUAUCUUAAGCUUUCUGUCAUAUUGUUGUUUUUAAAAUUUAAUUGA